AUGGCCCGCGAUGUCUCGACUGGCUUUGCGGAGUUCGGGCCGGGCGCCAUGUUGGCCGGCCUCCCCAGGUCGCGGCUUUCUGCCAUGCCGCCGAGCGCUAUCUUGAAGCCGCCGGGUCGAGGGAUAAGGGUGGCGGGAACCGCCAUCUUGCGCGCCCGGGCCAGGAAGGUGAUGGCCGGCGACGCCAUCUUGGCGUUGCGUCGAGAGGCGCUGAACAGACGAGCUGUUGAAGACUUGAAGUUCCCUGUCAACGUGCUCCACGCUUCGUCCGAUUUCUUCGGCUUGCUUGAGCGUGAGGGACGACCCUUCGUAGAGUCGACGAAGGCGAGCCGCAGCUCGCUGCCAGCGCGGCAGCCCACGGCGGUGUCGCCGCGGAUGAGUCCGUCUCUGGAGGUGCCGUCGUCGUCGCCGCCGUUCAACGCCGCCAUGGACGCGCUGCGAAGGUUGAAGCAUGCGGCCAAGGGCGCCACGCCUGUCACCGACCAGGACAGCGUGCUGCCGUGCGGCCACCACGCCCGGGCCAUGAUGCUCGCGUGCUCCAGCGCCCUGGCCGCCGGCAUGGCGCUCGGUUUUGCCUCGGCCGCCAUGCCCGCCAUCGAGAACCGUUACCGGCACGACUUGCCGCACGGGCCUCCCGACAACCGCUGGAUUGCCGACAGCCUCUUCCUGGGGGCCACCGUGGGCGCUCUGCUCUCGGGCUUUCUGCUGUACCUGGUGGGUCACCGAAGGACCCUGCUGCUUUGUUCGUGUGGCCUAAUCAGCUUCUGUGUUUGCUUGAUGGUGUCCAACAAGGUCAGCAUGAUAAUGGUCAGCCGGGUGGCUUGCGGCAUUGUCGUGGGCGUUGUCACCAACUGUGUCUGCCUUUACGUCGCCGACGUCGCACCUCCGGCUAAGAGAACGAUCUACGGAGGCCUCAUUGAGGUGGCCAUGAGCGCAGGCGUGCUGGGUGCUUACACCUUAGCAGGUUUCGCCUGGCAGCAACAGGCGGCUGGUUGCGCGAUGGCGUCGAUGCCCGUACUGGCGCUGCACCACUACGUGGUCGAGAAUCCGCGGUGGCUGAUGUCCAAGGGUAUCUCGCUGGACGCCGACACAGCCGUGAUGCGUCUGUACGGUGUCGACCCUCCCCCCGACUUCCGUGACCGCAAGGCCGAAGGCGUCCAGGAGCAGCAGAUGAGCGCCACUUCCAAGCGCGUGUGGCCCAAACAUGCGAGUAUGGUCUCCACGUGCUUACUGCUGCACCUCCUUCAGAACAUCUCGGGCGCCCAACUUUGCCUGCUGCGUGCUAUUCAGGUGAUGGGCACCGCGAUGGCAGAAAUACCGCCGCAGCUACUGGCCGCAGUUUUGGUGGCCGUGCACCUCGCUUGUGCCAGCCUCGCCGCCGCUUUGACGAAGGCCGCUAGUCGCCGCACUCUGCUGGCAGCGUCUGCCUUCGCGGUUGCAGGCGUUGUCUUCAUUUUCCGGCCCCUGGAGCACCUAGCCUUCACCCACUGGUAUAUGCAUGAAAAGUCCCACACGACGAGCUGGGGUGCCGUGCUCUCGGUCGGGCUGCUGGUGCUGGCAUACUCGGUGGGCCUGUGCCACCUCCCGGCCUUGCUGACCGGCGAGCUCAUGCCUUCGAAGAUACGUCUGCUGGGCUCCUCUGUCGUCUGGUCGUCGCGCUGGCUCGUGACCUUUCUGCUGCUGCACUUCGACGUCGACGUGCUCGCCGUUUUGCAGCAGAGGGGACCGCUGCUAGCGCUAAGCCUCACCAUAGUAGUCGUCGCCACAACCGCCGUACUCCUGAUACCCGAAACCGAAGGCCAAACGCUAGCACAGAUUGAACGUGGGCAGCUGACCCAUGUACAAGCAUAA